UGUUAUUUCUCAACACUUGUGUAUACUUAUAUGUGAUGGAGAUUUUAAGAAUUUUUAUUUCAAAUUAGGAUUCAGGAAAUGAAAAGAUUAGAAUGAAUUCAGAAGAAGUUGAAAACAGAUAUGAAGAAGAGGAAGACCUUGAUAGAGAAAGAGUGAAAAUGAAGAAAACAGGUCGUACAUUCAGUGUAUAUGAUGGCAGAAGGUGGCCAGUGAUCCAUUGUGGUAAUGUGAUUGUCUCCCCUGAAGAAAAAGUUUCUGAUGUGAAGACCAGCAUAGUCUCAGGGAAUCUUACAAGAGAUAAAAGGAAGAAAAGUUCAAAAUAUGCUCUGGCUGUAGCCUCUAGUUUUGGACAUGUUCAUGCAUUUCUACAAGAUGAAGACUUUGUUGUAGACAAGAUAGAUAGCACAACAGCUGAGGAGAAAUGUUUGAUGCUGAUUAAGAAACCAAAAUCUUCAUCAAAGAAGAUGUUUAAAUCACAAAGUUGGGCCAAUCUGAGUCUGUCUGACUCCCACUUAUACAACCAACCAAACUACAACACGGAGGGACGAAAACAUAAAUACAGGAUGAGGAGAAAGCCUUCAGAUCUACAGACAGUACCAUCAGAGAGUAUGAUGAACUUAACUGAUUAUGGAUUACGUGUAGACUCUUAUAUUCCACAACAGAGAGACAUUAAAAAUCGUGAUUCUAGGAGUGGACAUAACAGAUUUACUGGAGUUGCUUCCCCUAAUUCAUGUCAUAGUGAUGAUGUAACGUAUAGAAACGGAAAGUCAUCUCAUAGCGAUGAUUUAACAUAUAGAAACAGGAAGUCAUCUCAUAGCGAUGAUUUAACAUAUAAAAAUGGCAAUGUGAAAGGGAAUACUGAAAUUAACAAUAACAAGUUGGCUAGUCAGACAGGAAGUCGAAUGUACAGUAGUCACAUGGAUAUUUAUAAAACGGCACCAAAAUUGUCUUAUAUUAAAGAAAAAACAGAAAAUUGUAUUAUUCGUAGUGAUGAAAUGUAUACAGAUACCUCUUCCAAAAAUGGAUCAGUUUAUUCUAAUGAUCAAGAUUCUGUAUCGCGUGCUCAUAGUGUCGGAGAUUUGUCGACAGGUUUGACCUUUUCUGUUGUAGGUCAGCGGAAAGCUGACAGUGUACAUUCUUUAGCAAUUUCACAAAACUCAACAUUUAAACCAGUGAUAGAAGACAAUGGGAAAGUAAGAAAAUCAGAAGGAAAAAACUACUCGCACAGCGAUGCAAAACGGAAAGAAAGUGCAAGGAGAUGCAUAGAAAAUAAAAAAGAUUUACAAAAUACUCUACGUGAUUUAUUAUCCAACAUUUCUGAAAAGGAAAAGGCUUCUAAAGUUCAAAAUAUAAGCAAUGAUAAAAGGGACAGUAGUACACCUGUAAAACCAAAGAGAGCAUUACCUUCUGUGCCUCAGGGUCAAGCAAAUGACCGCAAAAAACAUUAUACUGAAAUGGUCAAAAUGAGAAUGUCUCAGCACAGUAGAUCAGGAGGUCAAAGCUCAUCAAGUGGAACUAGUUCAAGUGUGCGGACAGUACAGGACACUCCGCUGGACAAAGAGGUGUCAGACUUACUCGGUUGUGAAAGAGAAAGCUGCCCAGGAAUGUUAGAAAAUUCUAAAUAUUCCGAAAAAAAUGGCAAUUCAUCUUCGCAUUUAAAUACCACCUCUCAUCAGGAUACUCUUAAUGUUUCAAUACCUUCAAGCUUAAGGUCAUGUGAUUCAGGUCAAGCUACGAUUACCUCCCUUAGUAGUACCGUUGAUUCUGGCUACUUGACGAAUGAUGCAGAUAAUGAUAUGUACUCGUCUGUUUCUUACACAAAGAGCUUACAAAGGUCAGCACAAAAUUUUUAUUCAAAGAAGGCUCCAGUUGUUCAUACCCAAAGCUUACACAAUGAAACUGCCGCUUAUAAAAAGCAUCAGGGUUUACAAAAAGAGAGUGCAAUAGAGAGAGGACCAUUUGUUAAGGAACCUAAACCUGUCAAUAUUGUCAGCAGUGUUGAAGGUCAAAGAACGGGUACUUUCCCAAGGUCAAGUCAGUCAAGGGAUUUAAGUGCAAGUGACAUUACUCAGGAAAAUCAAAAAUUCAAACCUCAAAUCUGUGAUAAACUGGUCAAAUACUCCUCAAUGAAACAUUUGCCAACAAAUGACCUUAUGGUUGAAGGUCAGUGGUCACAAAAAAACAAUGUAAUGGCUGGAAGUUCACAAAAUCUAAACAAAAUGCUUGAACCUAAACAAGUGAUCAGGGUUCAGAGUGAAAUUCCUGUAAAAGACAGUAAAACACUUAAUACUGAAAUAUUGUCACCUCAGUUUGAAGGUGAAGGUGAAGUUCCUGUGAUAGAAUCUCAUUAUAAUACACUGCCUGGAAACUGGAAAUUUCAAAAUAGCCAAAAUAGUGAUGGUGGAUUUAAAAAAUGUAUUCCAAGCUUAUACCAACUUUCCCAAAGUUAUCGAUUCAUACCAGUAAUUUUGACAAUUGGACUAGAAUAUAAUAUUUUGGAUCAUAUACAUUUAUGUGAAAGUUGUGUUGAAUUACAAAAUGUCAAAAAGACCCAAAAAAGAGAAUCGACUGCCAUGUCCCCACCACAGGGGAAAUAUGCUCAACUUGGCGGGCCAGGAAGUGCAUUUAAACCAGUUAGAACAUUGAGUGCUGAUACAGCCAUUUAUUCUGUUAUUUCUGUUCAGGAAUUAUCGACUGUGUUCCAAAAUAAAGCUUCACUAAAAGGGGAUAUACUUAUAGAGGUCAACCAACAGAUAGUACUUGGAGAGCCACUAAAUUCAGUAAGAGAUUUGAUAUCAAGUGCCUCAGGAGAACUUAUAUUGACUGUAGCUAGAACUCCAGUUCAUACUGCAAUAUCUACUCAAACAACCAAUGAAAUGGCAAAACAGAACAUACCAUCAACCAAUGAACACUCAGCAAUUAAUCAUGUUCAAAAUGGCAGUCAACAGCCUAAAAAUCUGAUGGAUUCACAAGUGGAACAUUUAAAGAGACAAGUUGCCAAGUUAAAUGUAGAGCUGAAACGAAAAAACAAAGCCAUUCGUGAACUGAACUGUUUGUUACCUUGGACACCAAAUGAUAACCAAUCAGAAAUUAAUGGGAACAAUGACAUCACACUUAAUGGACUAAGUGAAGAUGAAUUUAUUGUUUAAAACAUUUAUUUUUAUUGGACACCAAACAUCACCGAAUGCCAACUAAAAGUUGAUGGAGAUUGUUAAGCUGAAUUUUUUGUUUAAAGCUUUUAAAUUUGAAUAACGGCUUUAUUAUUAACUGGAAACAAACAAAAAUUAGAAAUAAGCUGCGAAUGUACAUUAUUUUGAAAUUCCACAUAAUGAAAAUACUGACAUUUUUUGUAGAGAACAGAAAACAAAAUGACAAUGUAGUUACUGCAGAUAUUUUGUCCAUGUGCAGGAUUUCUUAUAUUUUAUAAUUUCCUUGGCAAAGCAAACUGCAAUAGUUUACUUACUGAUAGCUUAAUGAUCAGUUUCUUUGGAAUACAUAUUGUCUAAACAGAGGAGAUACAAUUACUUACCUUGAGAUACUGUGUCACAGCCUGUGCCUUCCCUUUACAUUUAUUGCUAGCAACAAAGGGGGAAUAACUCUAUUUAUAAUUUUUGAAAUUCACUAAUUUCAGAUUGCCAUACUUUUCAGCACAACUUUAUUUGUUGCUUUCUUUAAUUAAAGAGAUAUCACUGUGCAAAUUGCAACUGAUAAAAAUGAAAUGAGAAAUGUUUAAAUUCAAUGAUAAUGAGUUUAAAUCACUAACUAAUAAAUAUUUUAGUGUGGAUGGAUAUUAAGAGUUACCUCCCAUGUACUGUUUACCCUCAAUCGUAACUACUCGGCCAUUCUCGCUACGCAGUACAAUAGUUAUUUCUUCGUGCAACC